AUGCUUGGUUUUGUCACCAUUUUGACACUUGUCUCCCUCCGCGCUGCGGCCGCAAAGCCCAACGCUGGUUUGAAAACGUGGGGGCGCUUCAGCAAACUCCCCUACCCCGGAGACAAGGCGUUCCUGUACGGAACCUUCCCCAAGAACUUCAUCUGGGCCGUGGGUACCGCCGCAUACCAGGUGGAGGGCGCGUUCGAGAAGGACGGCAAGGGCCUCUCUAUCUGGGACACUUUUACGCGCGGCGGGAACCGCAUGGCCACGGGGGACGUGGGCAGCGACAGCUACCACAACAUCCACGCGGACAUCCGCGCCCUCCGUCAGCUGGGGGUCAGCCACUACAGGUUCUCCCUGUCCUGGUCCAGGAUUUUCCCCAACGGGACGCGCGGGAGCCUCAACGAGCUCGGCGCCAGCUACUACCGGACGCUGCUGCGCAAGCUGAAGGAGAUCCGCGUGCAGCCGGUGGUCACGCUGUACCACUGGGACCUGCCCGAGCUGCUGCAGCACCGCCUGGGCGGCUGGAGCAACCCGGACAUGGUGGGGAUCUUCAGGGACUACGCUGACUUCUGCUUCCGCGCGUUCGGAGAGGACGUGAAGUUGUGGAUCACCGUGGACAACCCGUUCGUCGUGGCGCAGCACGGGUACGGCACCGGGGUGGUCGCGCCCGGGAUCAAGACCGACCCUGACCUCCCGUUCAGGGUGGGACAUAAUUUACUGAAGGCUCAUGCAGCUGCCUGGCACCUCUACAACCGCCACUAUCGAGCCCGUCAGCAGGGCCAGGUCUCCAUGGCUCUGGCCUCCCACUGGAUCAAGCCCAGCCGCACUCGCUUGGAGAGCCUGCGGGAGUGCCAGUGCUCCCUGGACCACGUUUUGGGCUGGUUCGCCCGGCCGCUGUUUGUAGACGGAGACUACCCCUCCUGCAUGAAGGAGAGGCUGGGCGCCCGGCUGCCCUCCUUCACCCAGGAGGAGAAGGAGCACGUGAGAGGAACGGCCGACUUCUUCGCACUCUCUCACGGGGCGACCCUGAGCUUUCAGCUCAUCAACGACAGCCUGAAGUUUGGGCAACUGGAGGAUCUGGACCUGAGGAUGCUGCUGUACUGGGUCAGUGCAGAGUACGGCAAGCCGCCAAUCUUUGUGGUGCAAAGUGGUUGGUACGUCCUCGGUAACACCAAGACAGAAGAUCCAAAACACAUGUACUACCUCAAGAGGUUCAUUGCAGAGACACUAAAAUCUAUCAUCAUAGACGGAGUAAACGUGAUCGGAUACACGGCCUGGUCUCUGAUCGAUGGCUUCGAGUGGCACAGAGAGUAUGGCAUCCGACGUGGACUGUACUACGUGGACUUCAACACUCCUGACAUGAAGAGGGAGCCAAAGACAUCUGCCACUUUUUACAGAAAUGUCAUCCACAAAAACGGUUUUCCUGAACUUCCGGAGAACAGACCAGCACAAGGAGUCUUCCCAUGUGGUUUUGCAUGGGGGGUUUCCGCCAACUCAAUACAGGUGGAGACGGCUCCCACCCAGUUUGCGGACUCUAGUGUGUACCUCUGGAACAUCUCCAACAACGGAGAGCUGAUUAAGCUGGAAGGCUUCAGCGAUCCACCUUUGCGCCGAGCCACUCACUGCGCCGAUUACGCCACCGUCCGACAGCAGGUCGAUGAAAUCAGGCAGGUGGGGGUGAACCACUUCCACUUUUCCCUCAACUGGUCAGCUCUGGUGCCCACGGGUAAUGUGGCUCACCCAAACACCACCCUGCUGAGGUACUACCGCUGCUUCACCCGUCAGCUGCUGCUGGCCAACGUCACCCCCGUGGUCACCCUGUGGCACCACACGCGGCAACGCAGCGGCCUGCCGGUCCCACUGGACGCUGCCAACAAGUGGCUGAACAGGAAGACUCCGGAGGCUUUUGCAGACUACGCCAGGCUUUGUUACAGAGAGCUGGGGGCCAGUGUGAAGAUGUGGAUCACCUUGAAUGAACCCAACGAUGAGAUGGUGAGCUACCAGGAGGGCCAUCAGAUGCUACAAGCGCACGCUCUGGCCUGGCACGUCUACGAUCGAGAGUUCAGACGUUCGCAGGGAGGAAAGGUGUCUCUGGCUCUGCACAUGGACUGGGUGGAGCCGGCGUUUUCCUUCAGCCGCGAAGACGUGGAGCCAGCCAAGAGGGUUUUAGAUUUCUCCGUUGGCUGGUUUGCAGAGCCCAUCUUUGGCAGCGGCGACUAUCCUGCAGGGAUGAGGAGCUGGCUGCGUCAGCUCAACUCGCUUGAAUUGCCUGUUUUCAACGAGGAAGACCGACGGCUGGUUAAAGGAACGUACGACUUUUUUGCGAUGAGCCACUUCAGCUCCAAGCUGGUGACUCACGCCAAGGAGGACUCGUACACCUACACAGCAAUGCUCGAGGUCCAGCACAUGAUCGACACCACGUGGAUCAUGUCCCCGAGGCCCGUCGUGCCCUGGGGUCUGAGGAAAGCCCUCAACUGGGUGAAGGAGCACUACGUCGACGUACCGAUCUACGUGAUGGCCAACGGGGUCCAGGAAGACCCGGCCCGCUUCAAAGACAGCCUGCGAGUUUACUACCUGUACAACUACAUAAACGAGGCGCUUAAAGCGCACACUUUGGACGGCGUGAACCUCAAAGGUUACUUCGCCUACGCCCUGAACGAUCAAAGGGACCCAGGGUUCGGCUUGUACGGCCAAGUUCACGAAGAGGUCAUCGUCAAGGCCUCGCUGUCCAACUAUCGCAACAUCAUCCAACAUAACGGCUUCCCCAUCCAAGGAGCGGCUCCGCAGCAGUGUCCUGCUUCGUUCCAGCCCUGCCUGGGCUGCCGUGUUCUGGACAAGAGGCCCGUCGUGGGCUUUUUGUCGCUGGUGGGUUCAGGGGUGCUGCUCACCCUGGGCCUCAUUAUUUAUUACACCGCCAAGAGACACAAGGACUACUACUGAGAAGAAGGCUGGAUG